AUGUCCAAACAGCAGCAGCCGAUCAGCCCGCUGAAGAAUUUCUUCGCUGGGGGCUUCGGGGGCGUGUGUCUCGUGUUCGCGGGGCACCCCCUGGACACGAUCAAGACACCCCUUGUUAGGUUUAAUCAUUAUCUGUCUCUUCCCCUGUUCCUCUGUCCUUCUCUCUCGCAGGGGGUGCGGGGGCUGUAUAAGGGGAUGGCUGCCCCAAUCGUGGGGGUGACCCCCAUGUUUGCCGUCUGCUUUUUCGGCUUUGGCCUCGGCAAGAAAUUGCAGCAGAGGAACCCCGAUGAUGUGCUGACGUAUCCCCAGCUCUUCGCAGCGGGAAUGCUGUCGGGAGUCUUCACCACUGCCAUCAUGGCUCCUGGAGAGAGGAUCAAGUGCCUCCUGCAGAUCCAGGCGGCCUCGGGGGAGGUGAAGUACGCCGGGCCGCUGGACUGCGUGAAGCAGCUGUACAGAGAGAGCGGAUUGAGGGGCGUCUACAAGGGCACGGUGCUCACUCUCAUGAGAGACGUGCCGGCCAGCGGGAUGUACUUCAUGACGUACGAGUGGCUGAAGCACAUCCUGACUCCCGAGGGCAAAAGUCCCAACGAGCUCAGCGUCCCCAGCGUGCUGUUUGCCGGGGGCAUGGCGGGCAUCUUCAACUGGGCAGUGGCCAUCCCCCCGGACGUGCUGAAGUCCCGGUACCAGACCGCGCCGGAGGGCCGGUACCCACACGGUUUCCGGGACGUCCUGAGAGAGCUGCUCCGCGAGGAGGGCGUGGCCUCGCUGUACAAGGGCUUCACUGCUGUCAUGCUGCGUGCCUUCCCUGCCAACGCUGCCUGUUUCCUGGGGUUCGAGGUGGCCAUGAAGUUUCUCAACUGGAUCGCUCCCAGCUUGUGAGCGCCGCCCUGCUCUGCCCUUUAGGCACCUGUGGAGAGAGGGACAAGAGCCAGACCUUUGCAGUCCUCGGCUGCAAUAUCUUUUUGAUUGUUCUCGUUUUUCAUUCGAAAUUGCCUGUUUUUUUUUUAACGAUGGCCUUUAACUGAGACUAAAAAAAAUGAUUUAGAACACUUUGCCUUAAAAACCUUCCUGAAUGUCAAGCAAGCAGUGCGCUAAAAUACAGGGAAUACCAGUGUGUGUAUAUAGAAUAUAUACUGUACACCUGUAUAUAUGUGUAUAUGUACAUGCCCUCCAGUGUGUGUGGAGAGGAACAUUUAUUGACCCUUCUAAGCUACAGUUCUGACUCUGGUUUAAACCCAGUUAUCAAACGAGCCUGACCCCA